UUUUUUUGUGUCUGGACUCUGUGCACUCUGCCGCCCGAGCUCCAAUCGCGGGUCCCCGAAACUCAUCUGGGCAGCUUGAAGCGUUGUUAUCUUUCUUUUUAUAAUACAUGGCGCAGGCGCUCGUCUUGUAACUCUACCCGGAAUAUUGUUGGUCUUCUUACAAGGCUAGGGCCAGAUAAAGGUCGCCCUGCCUUUGUAUCGCACAUUCAACACCGUCAACGCGCCUCGUUCUCAAGCUCGGCCGGCCGCUAUUUCCUUGAUCGCAAGCCAUGUCUUCGUUGGAAGAUCAUUCCACCUCCCCAGGGCUCUAUCGCCAAAGAUCCCACCACGGCGCGGUUCUGAAGGGAUACUUGCCUCUUUCCGAAGAUCAUGCCAUCUCUACGCGCGGACAACAUUUGCCCGGCUUGAUCCAAAGCCGCUCCUCAGCCACCAUAUCAUCUCUCGCAGACCGAAGGCCGAGCCGAUUUCACGAUGAAGAUCUAGAGGCCGCCAAUGAAACAGACAACGAGAGUGUCUAUAUUGGCCAUGGCAGAGAAAGGCGCGAAAGCUCUGGCUGGGAAGCUCUCAUGGCUCCGCAGAUGCGCAGCCAGCGUCUCAUCGGGAACAGCAAUCCUCGUUACCAAUGGGAUCAAUACUGGAAAUCUGAGGAGGAACUCAAGAAAUGCAAGAAAUCUGUGCGCAAAUACUACGAACACAACAAUUCUUUAAUUCAGCAAUUUGCGUACAUAGAUCGCCUCCUCGACUCGUCCCUACCACAUACACUGAUUCAGGAGUACCAAAACAACGACUAUGGACUUGACAUCCCUCCAACUAUAUCGGAAGAGUCGCCUGCGUCCCCGAACGAGCUUUCGGAUUCUGCGAGUUUCAAAGCCUCGACUAAUGGUUCAUAUGGUACAACUCAGACAACGCCAAAUAACGGACCAGUCAAUGGUGCAUCCAAAGUCAAGAGAACGGCAAAGAACUUGUACAAGGUUCCGUCAGGGGAAGAGGCACCACUCCUAUCGAGAGUCGAUAGCGAGCCAGACUCCCCAACUGGCAUGCCAGAUUUUGAACCCGAAGAGGACAUGGACAGUGGCGCUCGUAUCGUCACGGUAGCCAUAUACAUCAACUUGGUCGCCAACACCAUACUCCUCAUCCUGAAGAUCAUAGUAACAAUAAUGACAUCCUCCGUCUCCGUUCUCGCCAGUUUGGUCGAUGCCGCUCUAGACUUCCUCAGUACUGCGAUCGUGUGGACGACGACAUAUCUCAUCUCUCGAACGGACUACUACAACUAUCCCGUUGGACGUCGUCGGCUGGAACCAAUCGGUGUGCUCGUAUUUUCGGUUGUCAUGGUCACCUCCUUUGUACAGGUUGCGCUUGAAGGUAUCAAGCGCAUGAAUUCUGGAGACCACUCCAUCAUCCAGCUGACUGUUCCUGCAAUCGCAAUCAUGAGCUCCACCGUGAUCGUCAAAUUUGCAUGCUGGAUAUGGUGUCGCCUGAUCAAGAACUCGAGCGUCCAGGCCCUCGCACAGGACGCAAUGACUGAUGUUGUAUUCAACAUCUUCAGCAUCAUAUUUCCGCUCGUCGGAUACUGGCUCAAAGUCUGGUGGCUGGACCCCCUCGGCGGUAUCCUGCUUUCCGUCUACGUGAUCGUAAACUGGGGCAGCACGACCGGCGAGCACAUCAAGAACCUCACCGGCGCCGCCGCAGAUCGCGACGAGCGCAACGUGCUCCUCUACCUCACCAUGCGCUUCGCAAAGACGAUCAAGCAGAUCCAGGGCCUGAAUGCGUACCACGCCGGCGACAAGCUAAACGUGGAAGUCGACAUUGUGCUGGACGAGAACACGGCGCUGCGGGACAGCCAUGACCUGGGCGAGAGUCUGCAGUAUGUGCUGGAGAGCGUGCCGACGGUGGAUCGCGCGUUCGUGCAUAUGGAUUACAAGGAUUGGAAUCUGCCGACGCAUAUGAAUCAGCAGGCUCAUUGAUUUCAAGACUAGAAGCGGGGGGUUUCAAGUUCUUUUGUUGUACGAUAUGUUGGUGGGGGUUUAUGUACGAUUGCCUGCUCGUGUGUACUUGUAUGUGUAUGUAGGAUGUGGACGUGUACUGGAGGCCACUUUGUUCCCCAAGGCCAGGAGCCACAACCGGCGCAGACGUGUAGUUUAAACAAUCGUUAACCAACAGAUAUUUCAUUGCCA